ACGAUCAUGUCCGUGCUCGUUCAAGCCUAUUGUCUGUCAAUCUUCAGCGUAAUGAGUGUUUACCUCUCUUAUUAAUAAACACUCUAAUGAGGAUGUGACCGACACGAUGAUGGAUGAUGACCAAGCUCGAUCUUUAAAGGUUCAUUCUUUGUCCUCGCGACAAUGCCGCGUGGAUCGUCUCUCGUAAGAAUGCUCGCUACAUUCUUGAGGAUCCUUCAUCUGUUUACAUUAUUAUUAUACUGUGAGGCAAGCGUCUGUCCGCAGAAUUGGAAUACCUGUAUAGAUCCUGAUCUUUCUCAUUCGUCCAAGAGCUCGGAUAUUUUUCUCGAAGACAUUGAAAGCAGAUUGUCCAGCCUCGAAAGAAGACUCAGGGCUGUUGAACAACCAGUUUGGCAAAUCGGCACAUCACACGAAGAUUGGGAAAUUUGUGCCGAAGGACCGUGUAAGUGCGUGCCGGAAACAAAAUCUCUUUCCUGUUGGAGAUAUGGUUUGCUCGAUGUACCACCUUCUCAAGUGGUUCCUAAUGAUAUUUUAAAAUUGGACUUGGGUAGUAAUCAAAUGACGGCGUUACACAGAGAUACUUUCUUGGAUAUGACGCAACUAAACCAAUUAGACUUGAGCGGUAACUACAUCGAACAUCUGCCAUUGAAUUUGUUUUUUUCCUUACACAGCGCCGUACAUCUUAGGAUUAGCAAGAACUUUUUGAGAGAACUGCACCAAAAUCAAUUUGUUAAGGUGCGAAAUCUGCGUAUUCUCGACGUAUCCUCGAACAGAUUGCAAACUUUACCAGAGAGUUUGUUCAUAGCUAAUAGCGUCUUAGUAUUGCUCGACUUUUCUAACAAUCUCAUAUCAUAUUUACCGAGUGGUACUUUUCACGGAUUGAAAACCUUGGAGGAACUUCUUCUUUCGCACAAUCGUCUUUCCACCCUUCAAAGUGGUGUUUUUCGUGACCUAGUUAAUACAAAGUGCUUGAAACUCGACGACAAUCGAUUGAAAAAACUACCGGCUGAUAUCUUUCAUCAACAGAUCUCUUUGGAGGAAUUAAAUUUGAGGGGGAAUCUAUUAACCGAAAUACCAGAUAAUUUGUUUUCCUCGCUGGAGCGAUUGUUAACGCUCGAGCUAUCCAGCAACAGACUGACUCAUAUUCGUCCAUUGGCAUUCGAUGGAUUAGUGGCACUGAAAGAACUGCAGUUGGGACAAAAUUAUAUAAAAACAUUGACACCAGGAUUAUUCGAUAGUGCUAAUUCCUUGGAAAGGCUGAUCUUAUACGCCAACAAUAUAGAGGUCCUAUCAAAAAACACGUUUCGUGGAUUAAACAAUUUAACUUCUCUUUUUCUACAUUCCAAUCGUUUGAGACUCUUGCAUCCAGAUUUGUUCAAGGACACUCCGAAUCUACGAAAACUAUUACUCGAGGCCAAUUAUUUAUCCUAUUUACCAGCAAAGAUCUUAGAUGGUUUAUUGACAAUACGACAGCUUCGAUUGGAACGGAAUCCUUGGCACUGCGAUUGUUCGGCUGCUUAUCUGGCAACGUGGUUACAAAGGAGAUAUUUAACAAUCACGAAUAGUUCCAGCAUAGGCGAGAUUAACAUCGGUGAUAAUUCGAAAUCCUGGGAAUUUGGAGCUGGAGUUAUAUGUAGAGGUCCUGGUGCUAUGGGAGGAAAAUUGUUAUUACGAUUAACGUUCCAUGAACUUUGCGAGGGUCAAUGGGCCUCUAUGAAGGGUCUAGUUCCAAGAGUACCGAAAGAUUUAUUAGGAAUUUCUUUAUCAAACGCACUUGGCAAAGUUGCAGAAGUAUAACGAUGCAUCGUUUUUUCUCAUAUUAUUUUACUUAAUAAUUUCAUGAUUCAAUUGAUUCAAAUCAAAAUAUUAAAUAUUACUUGAUAUCUUUUUUCUUGGAAUAUAAAUUAUUAAUAAUAAUUUCUAAUAAAUCAAGAAUUAUAUAAUUUUCUAUCAAAUUUCAAUAGUGGUCUAUCAAACAUUA